UGCUGAGACUUGCGCGUGUGAACGACCAGAGGAGACAAAUGAAAGGUCGACGUUGCAGAAGCAGAUGGUAGUGUGCCGUGACUCGUGCCACUACUGGUUGUGAGAUGUAAUGGCUUGUGUGGCUUGAGUUUUAUGACGUGUUGUUUGCAAAAGUGUGCGCGCGCGACAUGGCCGAACUGUGCAGCAAGCUGAUCCUAGUGCCUGCCGAGACGACCACAUCAUCAGCUCGCCUGUCUUUCUGGACUGCAUGAGUUGGUGGAUCGCACGUUGGAUGACCGUGACCGAGUCUCGCAACUGGCUCCUGCCAGAUCGAGACCCACGUGUGGAAGGAUGGGUACUGCUGGGGAACCCCGUCCCCGUGGUCAGCGUACUCGCUUUCUACGCCUACUUCGUCAAGGUGUGGGGACCCAGGAUUAUGAAGAACGCCAAACCCUUCGACCUUCGCUACGUCAUCUUGUGCUACAAUGCGGCUAUGGUCCUCGCUAACGUAGCCAUAGCCACGCGUGUGGGCUACUACGCUUUCAUGACGGGCCACUACCACAUCUUUCUUCAAGGACCCGAUCUUUCUAGCAGGCCAAUCACUAUGAUACUGUUAAACGUCUCCUGGUACUACCUCAUGCUUCGCCUGUGCGAAUGUAUUGAAACUGUGUUCUUCGUGCUGCGUAAGAAAUUCAACCAAGUCAGCGGUCUGCACGUCUUCCACCAUGUCUCUGUCGCCUUCUGCACCUACUUCUACAUCACCUACGGAGGCUUCUCCAUAGCCUGCUUCGAGACUGUAUUCAACUCUUGCAUUCACGUGCUCAUGUACGCUUACUACUUCCUCGCCGCACUCGGCCCCAACAUCCAGAAGCACCUCUGGUGGAAGAAAUACCUUACUCGCUUCCAACUCGCUCAGUUCAUUGUCAUGAUCGUCCGCAAUGUCAUCCUGGUCUUCACCCUGGGUCCCUACUACAACAUGCUGCCGCUCUUCAUGCUGUCACAAUGUGUCAUCUUCUUCGUUCAGUUCUUGAGCUUCUACAUCAAGUCUUACAAGUCCAAGAUGGUCAGAGUUGUGAAGUGUGACGGGUCCUCCCCCGACGACCACUGGAAGACCGAAGAGGUCAAGUCUCAAUGAAUGACAUCAGGGACGACUUGCUCACGAGGAGGUUACUUGUCUCAUCCAACCUGUUGCUCAGUAUCCUCUACGGCAGAGUUCCUAAGGUGGUUCCAUGCAGAAAAGAACGGCAGGUUUGUGUGAGCUGCAUCUAACCGCCCACGAUAAUACUCACAUGAAAGCUCCCAGGAAAUAAGUGAACGCUGCAAGCAGAUCAAUAGGUCGCUGACUGGCGUUUCUUCUACGGACGAAACGGAAAACAGUGAAAGCACGCGGGAGACGUGACGAUGUUUCUUCACGAUAAGACCCACCACGGUCUAGUUUGAUCUGUUGCUUCAUGCUAGUCAAAGAGGCAUGUUGUUCUCGCAACAUCACAUGUAUUGCAAUAAAACAAUAGGGGAGGAUUGGAGUUGUCAUCCACCAGGGAAGAAUAUACGACACGAUCGUAAUUUGUUCUAAUUGCUAAAGGCGCCAAACAACACUGGGCGCGACCACCAGUGCCUACCUCUGUUCAAAAUGUCCCGCCCAAUUGUUCUCACGUUUCAGUGCUAUAUGUGAACGGUGCCUUUGUGUCAGUGCAUAUUUAUACAAUUGACUUCACGCAGUGUGGAUAACUCUAAAUCAUUCGUUUCCAUUUUUGAGAAGCUUGUAUUUAUUUUAUACUCCAGACGUAAAUAAAGAAAAAAUGUCUU